UUGAAGGUAUUACCCAGAGACCUGCAGCUCUGUUCGGAGACGGCGUCCGGUGUUGAUGCGGGGGGGCAGCAUGAGUGGGGGGAGCUGGUCCAACUUGACCCACAGACGGUUGGAGUCAUUGUCCGACUGGAGAGAGAAACCUUCCAGGUGUUGAACAUGCACGGGAAGGUCCUGACAGUGCGCCACCAGGCGGUGAAUCGCAGGAAGGACAACCGCUUUGCCGUGGCGCUGGACUCGGAGCAGAACAACAUCCACGUCAAGGACAUUGUGAAGGUCAUCGACGGGCCGCACUCGGGUCGCGAGGGCGAGAUCCGACACCUGUUCAGAGGCUUCGCCUUCCUCCACUGUAAGAAGCUGGUGGAGAACGGAGGCAUGUUUGUCUGCAAGACCAGACACCUGGUGUUAGCUGGUGGAUCCAAGCCCAGAGACGUGACCAACUUCACCGUGGGAGGAUUCGCUCCCAUGAGCCCUCGCAUCAGCAGCCCCAUGCACCACGGAGGAGGAGGAGGUGCUCAGCAGAGAGGAGGAGGAGGAGGUGGUGGUGGAGGAGGUGGUGGAGGAGGAGGAAUGGGACGGGGCCGAGGUCGGAGAGACAACGAACUGAUUGGUCAGACAGUUCGUAUCUCUCAGGGACCAUACAAAGGAUACAUCGGUGUGGUGAAGGACGCGACAGAGUCGACAGCCAGAGUGGAGCUUCACUCCACCUGUCAGACCAUCUCUGUGGACAGGCAGCGCUUAACGACCAUGGGCGCUAAGAGACACAGUGGAAUGACAUCCACUCACGGACGCACUCCGAUGUACGGCUCUCAGACUCCGAUGUACGGCACCGGCUCCAGAACGCCCAUGUACGGCUCCCAGACGCCGCUGCAUGAUGCUGGAAACCGUACGCCUCACUACGGCUCUCAGACCCCGCUGCAUGAUGGGAGCCGGACGCCAGGUCAGAGCGGGGCCUGGGACCCCAGCAACCCAAACACACCUUCCAGAAACGAGGAAGAGUACGACUUCGGCUACGAUGACGAGCCCUCCCCCUCUCCUCAGGGAUAUGGGGGAACCCCCAACCCCCAGACCCCAGGUUACCCAGAAGUCCCCUCUCCUCAGGUCAACCCUCAAUACAAUCCUCAGACACCUGGCACGCCCGCGAUGUACAACACAGAGCAGUAUUCUCCCUAUGCAGCUCCCUCCCCACAGGGCUCCUAUCAGCCCAGUCCCAGUCCUCAGAGCUACCACCAGGUGGCGCCCUCACCGGUCGGCUACCAGAACACACACUCUCCUGCCAGUUACCAUCCGACGCCGUCCCCCAUGGCUUAUCAGGCCAGUCCCAGCCCCAGUCCUGUGGGCUACAGUCCCAUGACGCCUGGAGCGCCCUCUCCUGGAGGCUACAACCCUCACACCCCGGGCUCCAACAUCGAGCAGGGCAGCAGCGACUGGGUGACAACUGACAUCCUGGUCCGAGUGAAAGACUCCUUCAUGGACCUGAUGGGACAGACGGGCGUCAUCAGGAGCAUCACGGUCCAUGAGGUUGCUCACUUGUUGAGGCACCGUGCCUCCUUCAGGUUCUGCUGA